AUGGCUUCAGAGGUCAAGAAGGUUCUUAUCCCCAACCGGGGCGUGGACUACCGCGGCAAGGUUGUCCUCGCCCCCAUGGUUCGCUCUGGGGAACUGCCAUCCCGCCUGCUUGCUCUCCACUAUGGCGCAGACCUCGUCUGGGGACCCGAAACCGUCGACCGUGCUAUGAUUGGCACGACACGCCGCAUCAACGAGGCCUCGAAAACCAUCGACUGGGUGCGUCUCUCGUCCCAAGGUCAGAAGGAACCGCCAGUCGACCAAAAAGAGAGCGUCAUCUAUCGAAUCUGCCCCGACAAGGAGUCCACCAGGCAUAUCUUUCAAAUGGGAACAUCCGACCCGGAACGCGCGGUCCAAGCAGCCAAACUAGUCGCCGCUGAUGUCGCCGGUAUUGAUGUCAACGCCGGAUGCCCGAAGCCCUUCAGUACCAGUGGCGGCAUGGGUGCCGCUCUCCUACGUACGCCCGACAAGCUCUGCGCAAUUUUGGAGGCUCUGGUUCAAAAUAUCCCUCCCGAGUACAACAUCGGCAUCAGCGUCAAGAUUCGCCUGCUGGAAACAGCGGCUGAGACGGAGGCACUUGUCCGGAGGCUGUGCACCACCGGUAUCACAGGGUUGACUAUCCACUGUCGAACGACACCGAUGCGGCCACGGGAGCGCGCGAUCCGCGGACAACUGCGCAUGAUAGCUGAAGUCUGUCACGAAGCGGGGGUAGCGUGCCUUAUGAACGGCGAUGUGGAGAACAGAGACCAGGGGAUGCAGCUCGCCGAAGAAUUCGGGGCUGAUGGCGCCAUGAUUGCAACGGCUGCAGAGAAGAACCCCAGCUGUUUUAGAAGCCAGGAAAACGGUGGAGUGCUCCCUUGGCAUGAUGCCGUAGCUGAGUAUGUCAAGUUUGCCAUGGAAGUUGACAAUAGGUGGGGUAACACCAAGUACCUUUUGUCCCAGAUGGUUCCAGGCAAGGAUGCUAUGUACACGCCCACUGUCCAGAGCAAAUCUUAUACACAGGUGUGCACCGUGUUGAAGCUCGACCAUUUGCUUGAAGAAGCAAGCAGAAUUGACGCCAAGCUUGGGUUAGACCAACCCCGUACCAAACCAUCCAGGAGAGCCCAGAAAAGGAACGCCUCUGCCAUGGCCGCAGGAGGACAGGUGGGCAAAGACAGGGCAGAUAAAAAGCCCCGGAAUGUCUUGUCGGAGCAAAUCAGCACAAGUCAGAAGACUGCUGACCUGGUCGCAUAG